AUGUCGAAUAGCAGUGACAGUGCCGCCGCUCAAGCUGCAGCAGUCUUGGCUGCCGAGCAAGACCUCCUGAAGACGGACUUCGGAGCGAUUUUUGCAGGUACCUUCAUCGCCGUGCUUCUUCUAGGAUUUGUGCUUGCCCAGCUGUACAUGUACUACACACGCUAUCCAAAGGACCCCAUCGGGAUGAAACUGUUCGUAGGCUUCAUACUUUUUGUCGAUACCCUUAGUUGUGGUAUCUUGGUUGCGUGGUUCUACAUUGCAUUCAUUAACCACUGGGGAGACAUCACGGUGUUCGAGACGGGAGACUGGCUAAUUGCUACCGAUCCGUUCUUCCUGGGAUUCAUCGCAAUGUGCAAUCACUUCUACUUCUCCCGGAGAGUCUAUCUCAUCACAAAGAACGUCUAUCUCACCAUCCUCAUCUGCAUAUGCGGUCUCGGAGCGGGCUCGACGGGACUCGCAGUGACGAUCAUAUGGGCUAAAUACCAAUUCCGGUUCCAGGACAUCAUCCUCGAGAAGGCGGCGUUCACGACAUGGAUGUCAUGGUCCGUGGUUGGCGAUCUUCUCAUCACUAUAUCCAUCACUUGGUAUCUGCAACACCGCAAGUCCGGAUUCAAGAAGACGGAUACAUUGGUGGACAAGAUUAUUCGCAAUACCAUGCAGAAUGGUCUUCUUACUGCCGCCACCGCGACCGUCGAUCUAAUCAUGUACCUGGCCAUGACGCAGACAGACUACCUAGCUCUUUCCGUCAUUCUUCCUAGAUUGCAUGUCAAUAGUAUCAUGUCCUCGCUGAACUCUCGUGAGCCCCACCACGUAGAGAGUCCCUCGUCGGAGGCCAGCGCAAUGUUCAACUCGCGUGUUCUGAGACCAGACCACGCAGAAGUGAUGGUACAUGUCGAGACGCACGAGAUGGCCGAAACCGCCAAGUCAGCGCCCGACUGGGAGCACAAGACGUCAGCGGUAUAA